UUGACAUGGUGGCAGAGAAGAAGACGGGUCAUGUGAUCUCAGCUGUUGGCAAGGAGAGAAAAAUGUCGGACUGUCGAAGGAUGGAGGCGAUCGGUUCAUUCGCGAUUUUGCUCUGCGCCUUCGUCGCGACCGGUGUCCAUGGAAACCGUCUGGCAGUGCUCCAGGCUCCAGAGUUUGUGUCCUUCCAGAAAGGCGACUGGCCGAUUUCUGGCGAGAAGAUUCCUGACCUGGUGGCUCUGACCAUGGGUUUCUCUGUUGGAGAGGAUCUGUCUUGGCCCGGCCUCCGCGCCGGCCCCUUGUUCCAGCGACCCCGCGCCAACGUGCUGGUGGUGGUGAGGGGAGUGGACAGCCUCGACUUGCCGCAGAGCUUGGCCUCUUAUCCUCUGGAAAAUUCUGUUCCCUUCACCCUGGACAGUGUGGCAGAGACGGUUCAUACACUGUUUGCUGAGGACACUCCGGUGGUGCUUCAACUGGCCCCUAGUGAGGAGCGACUCUACAUGCUGGGCAAAGCCAACGCCGUGUUCGAGGACCUGCCCGUGACCCUGCAGCAGAUCCGAGCCCGUCUUUCCCAGGAGGGUUCUGUGCUGGAUUCCCUGCCCACCAAGUCCCUGAGCAGAAAUGCGGAGGCUGACCUUCUCUUCCUGUCGGAGGUCCAAGUCCUGCACGACAUCACAGCUCUGCUGCAGAGGCACCGGCACCUUGCCAAGGACCACUCCCCGGACCUGUAUUCAUUGGAGUUAUCUGGACUGGAAGAGCUGAGUCGGGUCUACGGUGCAGACUCUCCUCAGUACCGCGACGCCACCGACAUGCUUAUCACAGUCCUGCAGAAGUUUGGGGAAGAUGUGUUCAGUCUCUACGGCAACGGCGCCGUCGUUGAGGUGGUGACGGUGAAGAACUUCGAGGCCCCUUUGGCCCGCAAGUCGCGCUCCAUCCUGGAGUCCAAACAAAUUAGCAACCCCGGCAGCCCGUACAACCUGGCGUACAAGUACAACUUCCAGUACGCCGUCAUCUUCAACAUCGUGCUGUGGCUCAUGAUCGUCCUGGCGCUGGCCGUCAUCGCCACCGCGUACAACCUGUGGAACAUGGACCCCGGCUACGACAGCAUCAUCUACAGGAUGACCAACCAGAAGAUCAGGAUGGACUGAGGCGCCGCCGCAACACUCCCAUUCGGUCCCUUCCACCCUCCCCGUGAUUGUGUUUCCCUGUGAAAUCUGCUGAAUCAGCCUUUUGUUUACAACACAAACAACACGCAUCAUUCCAUGCGUCACAUCCUUCCUUUCUGCCUGGUGAUUGCAGUUUUAUCUCGUGGUGUUGUGAGAGGGUGAGACGUCUCAGCAUCGUGUUUUUGUGCUCGUCUUGUUAAGUUAAAUGAAGUAUAUGUGUGUAUAUAUUGAAGAUAGGAUUGCAACUUUAUGAACACUGCUGUUGUGAGAAGAUUGUUGUGCGAGUCAUGUUUGCAGUGUCAACAACAACAACUCGGUCACGAUGAGAAGAAAAUAAAUUAUUACGUGGAUGAACCUGUUUGCGGAUGUUUUA